AUGUAUAAAGUUGGUUCCUGUCUAAGUGGCCGCUAUGCGGGUCUCAUGGGACAGUUCUGCUGUUCACCUGGUUUGGCCAAAUUUCACCUGGGAAGUGGUGCAGCAUGUCAGAAAUCAGCCUUCAAAUACCCCCCCGCAGACCUCCCAGAGAUGCCCAAAUGCAAUUACAAACAGGAGGAGUACAAGGGUAUGUCCAAAGAGCGGAUCAUGGAGAUCCGCAGGCAGAAUUGCAACCCAAUGACCAUGAAGAUUACCUACUAUAAGAAACCAGUGUUCAUCCACCAGGGAUACAUGCAGUGGCUAUGGGAUGUCGAUGGGAGGCGAUAUCUGGAUCUAUUUGCUGGUGUGGCGACUGUCAUUGUGGGCCACUGCCACCCGAAGGUGACAGCAGCUGCAGAGAGGCAAUUAAGGAAACUGUGGCAUACUACAAACAUCUACGUCCAUCCAUCUCUCCAUGAGUAUUGUGAGAAACUGGCCUCCUCCUUACCAGAUCCUCUUAAGGUGGUAUAUCUGACCAACAGCGGCACAGAAGCCAAUGACCUGGCUAUGCUGAUGGCUCGACUUCACACCGGCAACUUUGACAUCAUCACUUUGACAGGGUCGUACCACGGUGGCAGCCAACAGACCAUGGGUCUUACUUCCAACUCACCAUAUAAAUACCCCAUUGCCACUAGUUCAGGCUGCACACAUACCAUGUGUCCCGAUGUGUUCAGAGGCCCGUGGGGAGGAAGCCACUGCAGGGACUCUCCUGUGCAGACCAUCAGAGAAUGUAGCUGUGCCCAAGGUCAUUGCAUGGCAAAUGAAAAAUAUAUUGGACAGCUGAAAGAGAUAUUUGCUACGAGUGUCCCAAGUAGAAUUGCUGGUUUCUUUGGAGAACCAAUUCAGGGAAUGGGAGGAGCAGUGCAGUAUCCUAAAAACUACUUCAAGGACGCCUACAAACUUGUGAGAGAGAGAGGAGGGAUCUGCAUUGCUGAUGAGGUCCAGACUGGAUUUGGGCGGACGGGAACCCACUUCUGGGGUUUCCAAGGCUACGGUGUUAUUCCUGAUGUGGUUACAAUGGCAAAGGGCAUUGGUAAUGGAUUCCCAAUAGGAGCUGUUGUGACAACACCAGAAAUCGCGGCCUCUUUUGGUAAGGCCUUGCACUUCAACACCUUCGGAGGAAGUCCGAUUGCUUCUGCCAUUGCUUCAUCAGUGCUUGAUACUAUCAAAGAAGACGGCAUACAGCAGAACGGUCUUAAUGUGGGCACCUAUAUGAUGACAGAACUGGCAAAACUCAGAGACAAGUACGAGAUCAUCGGCGAUGUCCGUGGAAAAGGCCUGCAGAUCGGUGUGGAAAUGGUCAAAGACAAGGCCAGCAGGGACCCGCUGGCUCCUGAGGCAAUGAGUGAGAUCUUUGAGGACAUUAAGGACAUGGGAGUCCUGAUAGGAAAAGGAGGAGUCUACGGACAGACCUUCCGCAUCCAACCGCCCAUGUGCAUCACAAAGGAGGAUGCAGAUUUCUUCCUGGCAGUUUUUGACAAGGCCAUCCACAGCCACAUGGACAGAAAAUGA